AUGGCGGACGUCCAACGCCGGCCGGGACUGGUUCUCUUUGUUUUUACGUUAAUGGGGUUGGCUUUCCCGGUGUUGUUUGGUGCAUUUGUCCAGGGGUAUAAUCGUCCACCGUCUCGCAAGAACCUCUACGUCCCUGCGGAUGAUCCUGGUUCUGCUUCUCCACAACAGGUGCAUAUUUCAGUAGUAGGCGAGGACAAAAUGAGGGUGACAUGGAUCACAGACAUCCCUAGUCCGGCAACAGUGGUAUAUGGAACAUCUCCAGGUGCUUAUGAAAGCACUGCAACUGGAAAUACAAGUUCCUACACUCAUGGAAUAAUAUACACGUCUGGGGAUAUUCAGGACGUCGUUAUCGGUUCGUUGAAACCCAACACGCAGUACUACUGCCGCUGUGGCUCCUCUCAUUCGGAUCCUGAGUUCAGUUUCAAAACCCCGCCUGCAGCAUUCCCUAUCACAUUUGCAGUCGUAGGUAUGUGUAAAUAUUUAGUAGCACAUAUAUGCUUAAUUAAACAAAAUUAA